AUGCGCGAGAAUGAGCGCGACUGGGGCAUAGCCUGUCAUUGGUCAGCGCCUAUUCUCGCCGAGCUCAUGGGGCCCGAAAAGUGGUCGCGGAUGCAGAGUGUUCAGUGCGAUCCCAACUUCAAGACGCCCGACGUGGAUGCGCCCAACGUCUACAACGGGGCGACGGGCGAGGUGGUGAAUCAGCUGCACUUCCCCAAGGUGUAUCGAUUCCUGCGGUCGCGGUUGCGGGCGCUGCUGGCUGAGGGUAUCAAUGUGUGCUUUGGCAAGCGUCUGACGUCGCUGACAUAUCACCAACAACCUCCCUCCUACGUGACGGCUCACUAUGAAGACGGCACCUCGGAACGAGCGCGCCUCGUCAUUGGCGCCGACGGGAGCAACUCAAUCACCCGGCACCUGCUCGUGGGCCCGGAGCGCGCCAAGCUCAAGCAGCUGCCCUUUAACGCCGUUUUCAUCAAUGCGUCGUACACGCGCGAGCAGGCCCAGUUCCUGCGCUCCUUUCACCCCAUCACCAGCGUCAUUGUGCAUCCGGACAACCUCAUGGCGGUCUUGAUGCUGCUGGACGCGCCCGAGCAGGACAAGCCCGAAGAGUGGCGCUUCACCUUUUACAUUUCGUGGCGGACGCCCGUCGAGCAGCAAGAGGCCGAGGCCCAGGUCAUGGGCAUUCCCGAGCGCCUGCAGCAGGCCCUCGAUAAGUCCAAGGCCUAUGCCGACCCCAUUCGCAGCGCCCACGCAUGGCUCCCCGACAAUCAUGACAAGGUCUAUUGGACGCGCAACAUGAACUGGGAUCCGAGCCUGCCCGAGCACGCCUGGGAUAACCACGGCGGCUUGGUCACGCUGGCGGGUGACGCGGCUCACGCCAUGACCUAUCACCGCGGACAGGGCUUGAACCAUGCUCUAGACGAUGCUGGAAAGCUUGUCAAACUCUUGACCGGUUCGAGCGGUAGAAGCCAGAGCGAGAUCAUUGAUGUCUAUGAGACGGAGAUGCGUGCCCGCGCCGGCGAGGAGGUGCGCCUCAGUGAGAUGAACUCGUACAUGUUACACGACUGGUCCCAGGUCAAGCAAAGUCCACUGAUAACUCGUCAGCUGGCCAAGGGAUCGCGCGACGAGCCGCCAGCAGUGACAGACGGGACAUGUGAAGCGAACAAUUCAACUUAG